ACUCGCAAUUCAGUGUCAUGUCGUUCGAUUUCGACUUGACCGCACCGUUCCAAACUGCGUUCACAACUCGGGAUCAACAUGAGCAUCGGCAUAAAGUUAGACCUGUUCAGAUCAUCGCACCAUCGAGCACCCAACCCGGAAAGUUUCGAUUAAACGAGAGCGCCUUGAACUCUGUAUUAGGACAUUCUGCGUGUGCUAAUAAAAAAAUAGUGAUAAUCAGUGUGGCUGGAGCAUUUCGAAAAGGCAAAAGCUUUUUACUCAACUUUUUCCUGGAGUAUCUCUACAGUUUGCACAAAUCUCAACAGAGUGACAGCUCACUCGAAUGGUUAACUGACGACUGUCAGUUACAUGGAUUUCAUUGGAGAGCUGGAGUUAAGAGGGAUACUGUCGGUAUCUGGUUAUGGGGUGAACCUAUUAUGAUUGAGUCGGUGACGGGAGAAAUGUUUGCUGUUGUACUGAUGGAUACACAGGGAACAUUUGACAACAAUUCAACAUAUCAACAAUGUAUGACGGUUUUUGCACUUUCUACGAUAGUUAGCAGUGUACAGAUUUACAACGUAGUGGACAACAUUCAAGAGGAUGCUCUCCAACAUCUUUCACUUUUUGUCGAAUACGGUAGAAUAGCCAUGGAACAACCACACAAUUUUGGAAAACCAUUUCAACAACUAGUAUUCUGUGUUCGUGACUUCAAAAAUCAGGAGGAAUACGAAUUCGGUGAGAAUGGAGGUACUGAUUUUCUGGAUAACGUGUUGCAAACAAAUCCCGAACAACCUGAAGAAAUCAAGCAAGUCAGGGAAUUAUUAAGAGAAUAUUUUGAGGAUAUUCAAUGUUAUUUACUACCACAUCCUGGAUAUAAAGUUGCAGAACGACAGAGUUUUAGAGGACAUGUUAAAGAUCUUCGUCCACUAUUCCGUGAAGAGCUGAAAAAGAUGGUACCAAAUCUGCUGGGACCCCAUAUUCUGAAACCAAAAAUAGUGAAUGGAAAAACAGUAACAUGCCGGAAAAUGAUACAAUAUUUCAAAGAAUACGCAGCCUCAUUCGACGGAGAAACUCUUCCACAACCACAAAGUAUUCUCAAUGCAAAUGCAAAAUUAAUAUGUAUUGAAGCAGCACAUGAAGCUAAAGUGAAUUAUAGUCGAGGAAUGGAUAGAUCAACGUAUGGAACACGUAUGAUGUCAGAGAAGAAGCUUCUUGAAGCACAUAUUAAACAUGGAAUUACUGCAUUAAACAUUUUUGAUAAAUGUCCAAGAAUUGGAGCAAAAGAAGUUCGAAAUUUGUUGCUGGAGAAGUUACAAGAGGAUAUUAAUGUCGGUUUUUGGGAAACUUUUUUCGAUUUUAAAGCUGAAUACCUAUGGAAAUGCUGAAAAUCAAUUUUUUUUAGUUUUGAGAAAUACUGUUUCAAAAAAAGUUUAAGGAUAUUUCUUAAUACAAGUUUUUUUUUACUUUUUGUUUUGAAAUUCUCAUAUUCUAAAACACUAUUUUUGGUAAUUGUUCAACAAUUGGGAGUUGACUGGGCAUAUUUAAAAGAUAGAUUUAUAUAGGUUUUGUGAAACAGUAGAUUUUUUUUUCGAUUUUUGAAAUUAAAUAACUAGCCACUUUUUGAUCUCUUUUGGUGAGAUUUACUAACACUUUUCUUAUAUUUUGCUGUAGGAAAGAGCAAACUAAAAAAAUUAGUUUUUUUUUAUCUAUAGGAAAUAUGUUUAGUCUGGAAUGAGCGUUGUAAACUCUUUUUUCAAAUAUAAAUUUUAUGAAACAGUAAUUUUUUGAAAAUUUCCCAUUUUUCCUCUGUAUUACGCUAAUUUUAUUAGUUGGAAAAGUUGCAACUGUAUUUUUUGUGCAAAAAUACAAACAUAGUAACUUUUUUUGAAAAUUGAAAAAAAAUUGGUGGCACAGUUUUUUUUAAAUUUAUCUGUAAAAUUUUUUUUCUCACUUUUCGUGGCCAUCUAGGAAAGGGAUCCUGUGAAUUUUAAAUAAUGUAAAAAUAAGAAUGAUUCAAUUAUUAAAUCAAAAGCUAUUGUUUAUCAUUCUACAUGCAUAAUAAGCAACGGAAUGACACUACAUUUUGGAAAUCUUAAAUAAAAAAUUUUCGAAACAGUAAUUUUUUUAAUCAGUUCAGAAAAAAUUGAAAACUGCAUUACAAUUUUUGAAAAUCUGCGCCAUAGCCGUGUCAUUUGUGCAAGUUUGUUGUUUUCAAGAAGACAAUUUCUAGAAAAUGAACACUUUUUUCUAAAAGGACGCACGAUUUUUUUUCCAAUUUUCGACCACGUGGUGAAUGCAUAGGAUGUAUUUUUUUAAACAAAUCCAAACAUACUUAGUAUUUCAGCUUUAAUGGGUCAUAGCCUACACUUAAUCUAUUAUUCAACUUUAGCUUCACUUUGAAUAUGAUAUUUUUGAAACAGUAAAUUUUUAUUUUGAAAAUUCUCGAAUCGUACACUUUUCAGGCUGAACUUGAAAAGUACAAAAGACUAAAUGAAGCUAAACGAGUAACUGGAUGUGCUUCUGCAAUGCUUGCAUGUGGAGAUUCAGUUUUUCUGGGAAUUGGGCUCGGAAGUGCUGCUAGUGGAGCCAUUGCAGGAGCAGUGCUGACACUUCAAGCUGGUGUAGUUAGUCUUGGAAUCGUCGCCAUCCCAAUCUCAUUGACUACUUUAUUCUUUAUUUGGGCCUAUGUAUGGACUAAACCCUGCUUUGAGAAGGUUUCUAAUAAAAAUAAAUAGAUUGAUUUUUUUUAAACUAAUUUUUUGAACUUUUUUGUGAGGAAAAUGUCAUAUCGAAACUUUGUUGUGAAUAAAUAUUUUAGCUAUG